GUCUUCUCGCGCAUCCAGCGGCCAUUUUACAAAGCCAGCCUCGGGAGUGCGAGUUACAAGCUCCUCUGUAGUUACCUUCAUUCAAUAUAGUUCGUUGUUUAACCGUAUCCAGUACCCUCGCGAUAUUUUUUAACGGUUUCCCCCUCCAGUCUACUUGUGUGAAAAUGUCUCGUGACCGGUCCCGUAACCGUGGAGGAUUUCAGCACCGAGGCCGCGGAGGAAUGGGGAUGCGCGGCGGCAUGGGAAACCCUAACUUUCGGAAUCAAAACCAGCAUCCUUUUCAAAACCGGGGACCCCACAUGGGUGUAGGGUUUAAGCCGAAUCAGGGAAACCAACCCAACCAGGUCUCUACGCCACAGAAGCCGCAGGAAUCCAAUCAGAACAAGCCAGUUGUCCAAUCACCUCCGGCGCAAGGCCCUGGUGUGGCCCAGCAGAGCAACAACAAAGGCCCGGCGCCGCAGCAGACCGCCAGCCCCGCUCAGCCGAAGAUCCAGUCCCCGCCGCCGCAGAAUACUGUAAAGACUCCGGACCUCGGUUCUCCGCAGAACCAGGCCAGAAAGAACCAACCCAAAGGUGCGGUGGGAAAUGGCCAAAAGCCGCCUAUUACCGUGAAGAAAGACCCAGAGCAGACGCCGCCUCUAACACAGCAACAACCAGGCACAAAGACCGAGCACGUCUCCCAGCCUCAGCAGUUGAAGGCAACGCUGUCUUUGCUGCGCAAGCCCGGGGAGAAAACCUACACUCAACGUUGCCGUCUGUUUAUUGGGAACCUACCAAACGACAUCACUGAACCUGAAUUCAGGAAAUUGUUUGCAAAGUAUGGGGAGCCCAGUGAGAUUUUUAUCAAUCAAAGCAAAGGUUUUGGAUUUAUCAGACUGGAAUCUCGUGCCUUGGCAGAGAUUGCAAAAGCUGAGCUGGAUGAUACUCCGAUGAAAGGCAGACCACUUAGAGUUCGUUUUGCCACUCAUUCUGCUGCACUUUCUGUGCGCAACCUGUCUCCGUUUGUGUCCAACGAGUUGCUGGAAGAAGCCUUCUCUCAAUUUGGAAUGGUGGAAAGGGCUGUAGUUAUCGUAGAUGACCGUGGUCGCUCAACGGGGAAGGGCAUCGUUGAGUUUUCUUCCAAGCCAGCUGCAAGGAAGGCCCUUGAUCGGAUCAGUGAUGGAGUUUUCCUUCUCACAUCGGCACCCCGUCCGAUUGUGGUAGAAUUGUUAGAACAGUAUGAUGAUGAGGAUGGAUUGCCAGAGAAACUUGCACAGAAGAACCCCAGUUAUCAGAAGGAGCGAGAGCAACCUCCUCGGUUCGCCCGUCCUGGCACCUUUGAGUUUGAGUACUCCCAGCGAUGGAAGUCUCUUGAUGAGAUGGAGAAACAGCAGAGACAGCAAGUGGAGAAAAACAUUUGCGAGGCCCGUGAGAAGCUAGAAGCAGAAAUGGAAGAUGCCUAUCAUGAGCACCAAGCAAACAUGCUCAGACAGGACCUCCUUAGACGUCAGGAGGAACUUCGUCGCAUGGAAGAGUUGCACAGUCAGGAGAUGCAGAAACGUAAAGAGAUGCAGCUCAGACAAGAAGAGGAACGCCGUAGGAGAGAGGAGGAAAUGAUGCGGCAGAGAGAAAUUGAAGAACAAAUGAGACGCAAACGGGAGGAGUCUUACAGAAUGGGAGGCUUUAUGGAUAAUAGGGACCGGGAGAUGAGAAUGAAUCCUAGUGGAGGCCUGGGGUUGGCUGAUAUGCCGUUUGGGUCACCUAACCAGAAAUUCCCAUUGACAGGAAUGAAUUUUGAAGGACACCAGGGAAUGGGGGGACCAGCACCAGGGGGCAUGGUGCCCAACGAAAUGCGCAAUGAGCGUUUCCCACAAGGUGGCCCAGGGGGUCCAAGGGGCAUGGGUGCUGGAAACCCAGGAUUUGGCAGGGUCCGUGAGGAAUAUGAAGGCUCUGCCAAGAAGCCACGCUUCUGAUCUGGCACUUUAAAAAUCAAAGUUUGUAUGUGGAAAUCCAGAGGCUCGGUUCCGGAGUCGCAAUUGAUGUAUUUAAGUUUAAAAGAAUUUUCUUGCAGUUUUAGCCUGAAAACUUAUCCCAUUUGUGGCAAGAUUUUUUUCGUCCUAUUUUUAUUUUGUAUUCUUAAUAGGUUUAAUAAUAAAACCAUUAAAGCCAGCAGUGGCUUAGUUCUACCAACAUGUAAUCCUCUUUCUUACUAGUCUUUAUCUUGUCAUGUUACUUGUGUUAUUCUGGUGAAUAUUGUAAAUUGUUCUGAUCUUACUAUGGCUGUGUUCUGUGCCAUUCACAUUUAAAAUACUACAUGUACAUUUUUCAAUAAAGAGUGCAGUUGGUUUUUCAAAACCCCAAUCAGGUGUUCUUGGCACGAUGAUUAAAUUUGUGAAGUGUCAGAUGUCAGACAUCUGAAGAUACAGGGACCUCUAUUGCAGCUUAAAGCUUGGAUUUAUUAAAUACGGUUUAAUGGUUCGCAAUCGGUUUUUAUUUAGGAAAAAUAGCUUAAUUUUGACAAUUUGUCUUUGUUUUAUUGGUUAACAUUGUGCCCGUUUCACAUGUACUCUGAAUGCAGUGCGUAAUACAGCCCGUGUGUGGUUUUUGCGCAAUGCAGAAAAAUUUUAACAUGGCCUACAAGCCUACUUUUCAUGCUCAAAGAUCGUAGACCAUUGCAAACACUUCAAAUCAGAACCUAUUUGACUUGUGCUUUUGUUUGUAAUUUAAAACUUUAUAAGCAGGCCUGCUAGUCGUCAAAAAUAGUUUUUGCUACAUCCAUGAGUGCCAUCGUGUUGUUACUACGGUAUGCAGUUUUUCUUGCUGUAAACCCAGCCAGAAGCUAUGUGUUGACUAUGAAUCACUCUUUAAUUAUAUGCGUUUAUGCCAUAAUGACCAAUUGCUUUUAAAAAUUAAUGUUAAUUGCAAAUAAUGCCCUGUUGUGUUUAUUCAGCACAUAUAGAACAGCUAAAUAAAAAUAGGACUGAUUUUUGCACUCAUUGUCGAGCCACCUCUGUGAGCAGUGUUAAUGCUCUCACCUGUUAACAUGGUUAAAAAUACGCACUGCAAACAAAGUAUGUGUAAAACAUAAAAGGCUUUAUCCUGAUCGCUUCAGGACUUUCUUUAAAAUACACAUUGCUAUAUUUUCACUCAUUUACAGUAAUACAUUAUUUUCAAAAUAAAAGGCUAAGAUAAGUUAACUAUGUAUUGCGAUUUUAGAGAACUCUUAGCCACUUGUGUACCGUCAGUGAAAUGCUAUGCAGCAUUUUGUUUCUACAUAAUUAUUUGAAGAUUUCUGUGCUCUAAUUCUGAUAAUCCAUCUUUAUCCUUUUUUAGAUUUUUGUGUGUGUAGUUUAUUCUGGACAAAGCAGCAGUUUUAAUCUAUUUUGCUGCUUCCCCCUCCAUUUUUUUUUUUUUUUUUUUUUUUUUUUUUUUUUCUGAAUAUUUGAAUCUGAACUAUAAACUAGAUUUUUAUUAUUCAUUUAAAGUAACUAUGUAGUCUCUUUGGGUUUCUUUUGCGGUUUAUUGCAAAAAAACGUAUAUAAUUACAUUGUCGUUUUAACAGCGGGCAGGAGUACACAUGUAUUUGUUGCAUCCAUAAAGCAAUCUGCCCUUUUCACAUACUCUUGUACCCACUCACCAAAUGUGCAUACUUCAGAACAGACAUUUUGACAAGACAAGCCAUUUGCCUUAUUAGAAGUCAGAAUGUGUUAGAUCUGAUAUUUCAAUUGUUGCAUGUAGUUGCUUUAAUCUGCAGUCAAUGGUGAAGUGUAUUUUUCUUGUCCCUGUUGUCAAAAAAUGGGCUUGGAAAAAAUUACUUCACGCUUCCAGAGCAUGUUCCAAUGUUUGAUUAAACCAAUAACCCUUCCACAAACUCGCGUCAUUGAAGUUUUGAAUGGGCCAUUGUGAUGGCACUUUGGGAGGGAGCAUUUGAUGUCUCUUUUGUAGUUUUAAUUAGUCGUAUCUGCACAUUAAAGGGUUUUUCGGUUAAAUUCUGAAAUCAAUAUUUAAGCAAGUACGUAACCAGCUAGUGUUUAAAACUAUCGUCUUUCCUAAGCCCAAUUCAUAACAUUAAGCUUAUCAUUUUAUUUUGAAUUUGUCAAAGUCUAGUAGUAAUUUCCCUUAAAAUUUGAGCAUGUAACUGCGUCGUCACAUCUGUAAACAUAAAGUUGCUGUCCCAGCUAAUAGGUUAUCGCAUGUGAGGAUCUGGCUUGUAGUGGAUCAUUUAUAGCCUUUUCUCACAGCAGAUAAUUACUUAUUAUUAGUUGGAUUGCAAUCCAGAAAGGAUUAUGAAACUGAAAACUAUGUAACUGAAAUUAAAUCUUAUUGAAGAUAGCUUGGGAUAACACACAAGAUUUAUUUCAAAGAAAGAAUUUCUUAAUGAAAUUCAAAUGGUAUGGCAAUGAGACAAUGUUAACAUUGCAAAUUAUUAUUGCUAUACUUUGUUCUUAAAUUGGUACUGUUUAGUGUGACACGAGCUAACCGAUAAUUAGAUUUAAUCACCAUUGUACCUUGAUUUAUUGUAAUGCUAUUUCCUUCAGUUGUUCAGAACAGAUUUAAGAUGACUAUAUCUGGUGGCAAUUCUUAUUUAGGCUAUAUAUUCUAGAAUCUGUGUCCACAUCAGUGUGGUGACUGACAGCCACACGUUAGAUUCAUGCUGGUGCACAACCCACGUAAGGAAGAUAAUCCUGCAAAUACAAACAGAGAUGGUGACCGAGGCAAAGCCUAUGGACUGCAGCUUGAAGAUGAGAUUGAAAAACGUCAAGAUGCUGUUAACUCUAGGGGGGGGAUUAUACAAUCUUUACUUGGCUGUUAAAAAGCAAAUCUGUCCACUUAGUUGUCACACAGCAUUUUGACUCUUAAGAGACAACUUGGAACUAGAUAUAGAAUAUAAUUAAAUUCUCCUGAUUUAGAUUUAUAUACAUAUAUACACACACACGUAGUGAAUGUUGACAUCCUUUGUUUUGGUUACAGGACAUAGACACUUGUUUAAAUGUUUUUAAUACAAAUUUAAUUACGUUUUUUUAAAUGCUUUUAAAAUUAAAAAAAUGUGUGGUUGUUUCUGCUAAAUAUUGCUAUUUCUGCUUGAAAGCACAAAUUUAAAUAGUUUUUUUUUUUUCUUCUCCAAUGUUUGUGCAUCCACAGCACCAACUUCUGGAUUAAGUUGAUUGUAUUGGAUUACAGAUUUAUUUUUCUGCAGUUGAAACAAAAUGCUACAUACUUUGUCUUGGCCCACCGAAAAAUAAAUUAGCAAUGAAAUUGACUGAAAUUGUGAAAAAUUAUUAUAUAACACUUGUCAAGUUUUUAGAUGGUUUACAUCUUUCACUUUUAAUAUAACAGGAUUUUUUUUUCUUUUGUAAAACAUUAGAUCAGUUAACUAAUGGCUAAUAAUGGUUCUCCACUAUACUUCUUAAUUUUUAGAAAGAUUAUAACAUUGCAUUUAUAUUAAAGUUUGACAAAUGUAUUUGACAAAUGUCAACAGUGCAUUUAUACCUAAUAUUUUUAUUAAACUUAUUUCACUUUGCAUGAUGUGAUUACCUAUAUUUUGGAUUUUACACAAUGUAAAAAAAAAUCUUAUUCUCACUCCUGCAUUAGAUAAUUUACUGGUAACUAUUUUGGAAAUUGCCUUGAGUGAGGACUUCUAAUUUGAUUUUCUUACUAAAUUAAAUGUUUUAUAACCUUUGGAAUAUAUUCUAGGUCACUUACCUGCAUUUUUUUUUUUAUUAAAUCUUGACUAUACUGUAUGUACUAUUGUAUUAUCAAAUACGUGGGUUAACAAUUUAUAAUUAGUAAUUUCUUUUAUUAUAAAUAACUAAUUUCACUUUGCGUAAUGACACUUUACAAAAUCUCAUUCUCUUAUUGUUAAUCCUGCAUUAGGUAAUUUACAGGUAACCUUUUUAGGAAUUGCCUUAGUUAAUUCAUUUCGACUAAUUUGAUUUGUCUACGUUUUCUUGCUAAAUUUAAACCUUUUUUGAAUAUUUGGAAGCUUGAUUUAAACUAAAUUGAACAUGAAAGCCAUGUGUAAUUUGAGUUGACUUCAGUUUUUAAAUAAGAUAUACGAAUAUUUUUAAUUAAGGUAAUUUUUAACAUCAAGAAGGGAGCUGCAAAAAGGUAAUUUCACAUGCAGAUUUUCUCAGAUACAUUGUGGAAGAAAUGUUAUUGUUUGUGUUGGUUUCUAUACAUUUUUUUUUUCCUUAACAGGUUUGUUCGUGACUUCUGAAGUAUCAAGUUUGGAACUGUUUUGGAUUUUAGCGAUUUAUCCACACUUAGUUUCUGCUUUUAUAUGGCAUGCCAAUGGACUGUUCACCAGCUCUCGAUUGCGUAAUGUUCUCAAAAUAGCAGAAAUUUGUUUUUUUUUGUUUUUUAGAACAAAGCUCUAGUCUGAUUGACUGGCUUUCAAUUACCAGGAGUCGGGAUGUUUAAGUUUUGGACAGUCCACCUGGAAAUAUGUUCUCAAGCUUCUUCAGUGAGAACUGCAAAGGAAAAAAUAGACGUUGGAUUUUGCCAUCAUUUUAUAUCUUCAAGAGCUUUAAGAUCCUUGGUAGCAAGCCUAAAAUUAAUAUUACCCUUUUUCCACCUACAUGAACCACUGCUAUAGCCAGUUCAGAGUUGGUUUGACUGGCUAGAAUUCUAAGAACUGGUUUGCCUUUCUGUUGGCUAGAGAGCCACCACAGAGCCUGGCCUUCCAUCACUGUAUGUCAUCUGUAUACGUUUCGUUUCUCCUAGCAGCACUAGCGCAGCAGAGCCAAACACAACCGGCUUGUUUGGGAUGCAUCGACGAUGGGCGGACCGAUCGGUGCAAUAAUUUGGUGCCACUUAAGAGUCACUUUUCCUGGUUCGGAGCUGGUGUUUUGGGUGUCAAAAGACAAAGAACCGACUUGAAAUUAGGCUCUGGCUCCGAACCAGCACUCAAACCUCCUUGGUGGAAAAGAGGUAUCGGCUAACACCAUGUUAAAACAUACCACGGUUGGUCACUUCAUGUUAGCUUCUUGUCAUGUAGCCUCAUUUGGUUUGGGUUAUCUAUGUUUAAGCCUAAUGAAAUGUGAAGUUAAUUUGCUACAAAAUUUGACCUCCUGGCAUGCAACUAUUUAAUUAUUUACAAAAAAACUCGGCCUGUUUGUCUGAUUUAAAACAACUACAUUUAUUUUGCUUCAUCACUAGUUACUCCAUUACUAAUUAUUGUUGCUACAUCUGUGCCUCAAAGUAGUAUUAAAUCAUAUUUUCUUCAUAAGCUAUUUUACAGUAGAUUUUCAAAACACAUAUCAAAAACAGUUUUUAGAAAGCCAACGUCUGAAAAGCAUAAAGUACUAGGGCGAAAUUCAUACAAGUUAUUUUUUUACUACCAUUUUCUAAAAAAAAGUUUAGAAAUAUUUUUUAUUCACAAAUACAAUUGAUUGAAAUGAAGUUGAAGUCCAAAAAUUGAUUUAUUAUUUUUAUUUUUUUAUUUUUUUAAAUCUUUGUUUACAAUGAACUUAAGAACUUAAUGACAGCUUGCAUAUUCAGAUAAAGUAUGCUUUCCAGGACUCAUCAGUUAAGACUGACCAGUGUCCUGAGGCCAGCAUGAAAAUUGCUCUGGCCAGUUUAGAGUUGUCAUUGGCUCUGUUGGGUAAACACUUGACACACGAAGAUGGCCCACAACAAAUUAAAUUCACUUUUGCAUCAAAUACAAAGAAAUAUUAUCCUUGUAUGUGUAAGUAAACACUGUCAGAUGUCAGGAAAUCAGAAAAGUCAACAGAUCUAUAAUUAAAGUUAGGUUAGGUCUUAGUCUAAUAAGUUUUUGUGAAUCUGGCCCUAGUUCUAAAUUGAGUAAUUACAUCUAUAUUUGUUGGAUAGCUUUUAUUUUUGUACUUAUGUGCUAUUCUGUGCUUCCUUUUGUGAGCAGUUUUGUUCAGACUGCAUUUCCUAGAAUGCAUUGGAUUCAUUUUGUACUUUGUGUAAUGUUGAAGUACAGACUAAUUUCAGUAUUAGUAUGGGAUUAAUAGGACCCUUCAGAAUUAACCAGUUGUUUAACAAUAUUGGUAUUUUUUUCCUUGUUUAUGAAUUGAAUGAAUUUGAUUGCAGAAGCAAAGAAACAAGUGCUAUACCAUAUGAUGACUGCUUUGGAUUGUCCUUGAUUUUGGCAGCUGGACUUUUUUUUUUUUUUUUUUUUUUUUGUCCUUUAGAGUGGUGAAAUCAAAAGUACAUGAUACUUAAUUUUGCAAGCAUUGAGGAACUGCUUUAAAGUUAAUGUUCAUUGUUAACCAGAAAGUCUGAUUAUUCUAGUGUUUAGACACAGGCAGGUGGCCUGUUUAGAACAGGAAGCUAGGAAUUAAAUGGGAAUGAUCAUCUGAAUACUUAUAUAUUUCUCCUGUUUUAACAACACCAAGUGAUUUUGGCCACCUUGAUAAAAGCCUAAAAUGUAUGGAAAGAGUGCUCUCAUUCCCACCUGAAGCCCUUGUAGUUAGUUGCCUGGAUAUUAGCGGGAAGGAACAGAAAGAUUAAAAAUUCAGACUUCUCAAUUUUCAAGAACACCACACCACCUCCAGGCUUGGUAAGUGCACAACGCAUGAUUACUUUACAGUCUGCCAAGCCCUGCAAGAAAGCGUUUUUAAUUGUGCCUGUUUGAUAGUGUUGGGGGAAUGGGGGAUUCUUGUUUUGUCUAUUUAUCUAUACCAUAGUUUCAAUCCACACUUGAAGAGGAAUCAUGUACGAAAAAAUAAAUGAAUAAAUAAAUCACUGAUCAGGCAUAGGUCAAUCAAAUGAAAAUUGCUUGCCCUCAUGUCAUUCCAAACCUGUAAUUUUUCAUUUACACGCAUGUAAAGUGGGCUGUACCAUCAAAUCUUGAUCACAUUCAAGAACAGCAGUGUUUAUAUCUAAGCUAUGAACUUUCAUCUCAGUGACGUAAAUGAUCGCAAGAAAAGCGUGAAACUAAUUUUGAUUUUGAUUGCAUGGCUGUUUGAAUCAAGAUUGGGACCAUUUAACUAUCAUGUACUACUAAAUAAAAUUUCUUUUAAAAAAAAAGUUUUGAAUGGUAGUUCUGAAGUAGUAAAAUUCUAUUAAAAACAAAAAAGGCAAUUAAGUUUCCACAGUCCAAACAGAUUUGUAAAAAGCUUCAAUGUGAAAAAAUGUCUUUCCUGAGUUCCUGUAUGCCUAAAAAUGCCAGCAGGGAAAAAUGUUCCCCAUGGAUGUUACACUUGUUUUUAUUUGGCUAAAAACAUAUUUCACUGUAUUAUGCUACCGUCUUCACAAAGUGUCUAGAGUUAUUUUAUAAGGCUUUUUUUGUGCAGGCUACACUAAGUACAUUUUAUAAUGGUAAAUAAAAGCAAAACAAGCCUGCAUUGAUAAGAAUUAGAAAGGACCAACAUAUUGGGUGGCGUAAUAUUAUAAUACAAUAAAAUUAUUCAAUAUAGGCUCAUUAAUAUAACCUGUUUAAAUUAUAGCAUAUAGACAACAUAAUAAAUAUUGAACAGAAUGCAUGAUGCAAUGACAAAUUGCACAGCUUCUCCUAAUGAAUUAAUUUACACAAUUUCGAAUUUCAAUAAGAGAACAAUAAAUGGGCAAUCAAUGUUUUAUUCAUUAGCGAGCAUCAUGGGCUCAGAUUUUUCUGUUUUCCUUCAGAAAAUAGGCGGACUAAUUAUAAAUGGCAGUACUGAAAUGAACAAACGAUUGAUAUAACAAUACAAAAAUUAUAUAAUCCAAAUCUUGAACAAUUAUUAGUAACAUUAGGAUAAAACAUUAAAUAUAAUGCUGAGUCGACCCAAGACACAUUACUUAUCUCUCCACAAUCAGAAUCUCCAACGCUUGUGGUAUUUCCGUUUUUUUUUGGUGGUGUUUAACAAGGGAUUGCAAAUACACAGUUUUAUUAAGUCAAUGACUGGGAAACUUGAACAUUUUACUGAAAGUGUAUGUACAUUUGAAUUACAGCAACCGUAAAAAAAUUUACCUGUGGCGGUUCUAGUGUUAAAUGGCAAUGGGAAACUUCAUCACAGCUUUAGUCUCAUGGGUUUGGAGCGACACAAGGGUUGAAAAAUGACAUACUUUUUUUUGGUAAACGUUUGAUUUAUUCACGGUUUAAAGCCAUUGGAGUAAUUGGUAUAGAGUGUAAAAUUCAAGACAUAAAUUUAAUGUUUCUUGCUUUAACUAGAACAUCUUAAUUCUUUUUGUAACUUCAAUAGUCCAGGAGGAAUUUAUACAGAAUAUCACCUAACAAUUGCCAGUUGUUGUUUUUUUUUGUUUGUUUUUUUUUCAUCACCCUGCAUGUAGUUAGCACUUUAUACACUGGGACCAUAAAUUUCCAUAUGCUAUUAAUCGUGUAACCAGACUCUAUGGUUAAGACUGUUUUUCCCCUUGGCAGAAUUCAGUGGAAGCUUGCCUUUCAGGCUCCUGAGAUUAUAGCAAGUGUGACAAGAGCUUGUCUCUGUCUGUACUGUGUAUUGAGUGAAUGGUGGUGCAAUAGCUGAGCAUUAGGGGCCAGUGUCCAGCUUACCCACAGACUCCAGCAGUUGGUAACAUUGAGGAUUAGUUCUGCAGAUCAGUGGACAGUUGAGCCUGGACUUAUUUGCAUCAAGAGGUAUGCUUGCAUAUCACCGGAAAAGGUAAGUGAUCUUGUCUUUUGUUCCAUGCCAAUAAAGAACUACUUUCAUCAGCCGUGUUGAAAUACUACCUGGGUUCUGGCAUCACACUCCUGAAAAUGGAUUCACGGUGCAGAAAUUGUUUUUGUAAGCAGUAUUUGAAAUGUGUUUGGUACUUUGGCUCCCUCUGUGUGUGUAUAUCGGCUGCUCUGUAAUGUCUUCCACACAGCAGCUGUUUUUGAGAACAGCCUCAGCAGCUUCACCAAGCAUUGUGUAUCUAAGCGUUGUACAGUAAUAAAAUCCAAAGACCUUGUAAGUGGGGUGGUGGCAUUCUAUUGACUUCAUGUUCUGAGAUGGCGCUAAACCCUCUUUCUGCUUGGACAGGGGAAGUGGUUUAUGGUGAAGGCUAGGAUUUUAAAAACUUGAUUCUGAAUAGAACUGUUCAGAAAAGCUGUUUAUUUUUUUUUUUUUUUUUUUUUCUCUCAAAAAUGCACUUGAAUUUUCGUGGUUUUAGUGAGUCUUUUUUUCCUCAUCUUUAUAUAUCUGAACUUAAACUGCCGUUUCAGUUGCUUAUACAAACAAAAUGGCAUAUGCUCACCAAGGAAUGCGAGACAGUGACAAUGGUAAUAGUCCAAUAAUUAGUACAGCUUAAUGUUUGUUUUACUGUACUUUAAAAAGUUAUUUUACUUCUGGUUUCUCAGCAGUCAUUUCUUGUUUUCAGCAUCACAUAAUUCGUUUGAAAUCAUUGUAAUGUUGAUUCAAUGCUCAAGAAAUAUUUAUCAAGGGUUAAGUGUUUUAUUAUAUGUAUUUUAUAUACAAUUUUUAAUUUUUUUUUUUGAGAGGGGGAUUCUUUUUUUUUUUUUUCAUUUGGUACAUCAACAUACCUACUAUAGGGUUAGGUUUAGGGUGUUUUACUUGUAAAAUUAUAUAUAAUUUACUGUAUCAUAGUAAGUACACCAGGUUACUUUGUGUUUUUUUUUUCUUAUUGGGGUUCUUUGGAAAAUGUUCGUAACAACAGUGUUUAUUUUGAAGAGAUUCAACUAUUAAGGACAAUUCUUUACCUUUUUUUGUUUGUUACCCAAAAAGUGCUUUUUGUGAACGGCAAGCAUAUUAGACCCUCCAAAUUCUUGAGUGCUUAGACCUUGUCUAUCAGCUAUUGUGGUUUUCAGCAGACUACUAUAUUGAAUAGCCUUUACAUUUGUUGUCUUGAUGCUGCAAAAAUGUAUUUAUGGCAGUAUAAGUGGUUCUUCUUUCUCUCUCCUAUUCUCACUUCUCAAUCUUGGCAUUCUAACUAGGCUGUUUGCUUCGUAACUACAUGGAUAUCACAGUAAUGCUGCCUCCACUCUUUACAAAACUCCCUAUGUGGACUGGGUGGGAAAUGCUCGGGGUAACGAAACAGUGCUCUAAAGUACUUUUUUCUUCUUUUUUUUUCCUCCCAAAUCUGCUGUGAUCCUUUAUACUUCAAGUAUUGCACUCAUAACAGUGACGUGUUCUCCAGCAUUGUAUCGCAGCCUUGUUACUGAACAGACUGUAUUAAUGGUGCCCUCAAUUCACUGAGUGUGUGUGUAUUUCUGCUCUUGUGGAUGAGCGGAGCGCUUCCGAACAUAUUUAUAAUGCUGGAUCAGCAUUCUGUCUGGAUGUGUGUGUACAUGUCUGUUUAUCUGCACUGUGAUCCAUUCAUGUGAUCUUGGCCCCAAUCUGUAAUUUUGAUAAUAGUAUGGGCCAUGAGUUUUUAGCUCUAUGGAGUGUGAUGCCAGAACUGACCUUGUGACCUAGCGGCUGCCUCAGAGAGGCAGAUCUUAACAACACGUAUGUUAGAAAUUUGGGUUUGCGUUUGAGCUGUCGUCUCUAUGGAGUUCAAAGUGUCAUUGAACUUGUCAGUUAAGUGAGCUGUACAGCAACCAUAACAAGUCUUCAUGAAUGAGAUGAAUUAAUAUUUGCUCUUCAGCUGUAUAUGCAAAAACAAAGCGACUUAGCUAUACUUAAGCAUUUAUUUUAGCAUUUUAUGUUUGAGUAGUUUUAUGAUAGGGGUUUUCUUUUUGGACUUUCAAAUAGAUUUUUUUCAAAACGACUACUGAAACUUUUACCAAGAGUUUUGUGUUAUGUAAUAUUGUUAAAGAUAAUAGGCUGCUGUAAGUUAGUCAAAUAAAGCAGUUAAGGUAGGACUCUGUGUAAUGGUUUACGUCUGUAUCCUCACUGCCUUUCUCUCACUGCAGGGGCCUCGGGUGAUUGAAGGAGGAUAAGCGGAUUCAUACACUUUGAAAUCUGGGUCAACUAAGGAACCUGUUCUCUCAGCAGCUGAGCACUAUGGGCACCAAAUGUUCCUGUACUGUGGAAAAUGUGCAGUCUCGUUGGAGUGUGACGUGACAUGGCAACUUGGGAAAUCUUAAGUGCAGCACUGGAUAUGGAUCAUGAUUAUAUCAGAUUUUAAAUAAACAACAUAAAGAUC